GGGCGGGGUGGGGGCGGGGCUUCGCAGCCCCUCGGGUGCCUUCCACCCCUCCUUCGGGGCCCAGGAGUUGCUCGGCGGUUGCUUCCGGCCCGUGCUGGGUCGGCGCCUUCGGGAAGCGCUGGGAUACUGCCGUCGGGUGGGAGCAGCGCGCGUUCUUUGCGCUUUCCCUACCGGGGAGCCGCUUCCUGUAGGUACAGCUGGCCCCGGGCUGAGCGAGGCCUUCGUAUUCCCCACAGUGUCCUCGGCAGCCUGGAAACAGCCCUGGGGGCUCCCGCGCCGUUUUUGCUCCGUGCCAGGGGGAAAGAGAUGGCACCCACUCUUCUGCCACAUCGGAGCCCCUUUUCUCCCUGUAUAAAGCUGCAUUUUUGUUUCAGAUCUCUUGAUGACUGAACUUUCAGGUUGGAUGUUAGAGAAAAUUUCGUCUCAAAAAUACUGGUUGUAGACUGGCACAGGCUGAGGGGAUCACUGUCCCUUAGGUCGUCCCAGAGCAAUGGGGAUGUGGUGCUGAGGGGUGUGGGUAGCAGCCAUUGGCGGACGUGGGUUGAGCUUGGCUUUAGGGAUCUCAGAGGUCUCUUCCAACCUGAAUGGUUCCGUGACUCCAUGAAUAAUUCCAGCGUGAUGCAAGCUCGGUGUGAUUAAAGCAGCUUUUUCUCCCGAGUCCCUACGUUGCUAUAUGGGAACUGUGGAGUUCCGGCCUGAACCACUGAUUGAGCACCUGGGGAAAAGACCCAGUCACCCCUGGGAGCACACGUGAAGGCAAUUCAGCGGUGUGACCCGAAGGGGUGGAGCCUGGCUGCACCUCUCUUAGACCUCACUGAAGGGCUGACCCCCACUGGGGGAAGGGUCUCGGGUUGGAGAUCUUUUCCUGCUGGAGUCUUUCUGUGAGCCGAGAUCUUCAGAGACAGGCAAGCACUUUUCCUUUUGUAACAUCCUCCUAUUGUGCUGCUCCCUUUUCCGUUAGAGUUGCAUAAAAUACUAUCUACCUUUUCUCUUAGUCAAAAGCUAGUUUUAUUCUUGACUGCUGUCACGUAGAUCUCACAACGUUGGCCUAAAAAUCGGUUCUUGUUUGCGGGAAGAAGCUUACUUUGCAGGAGCUUUAAGUGCUGCACGGUACAAUGGCGUGAAAUUCCUGUUACGGAACCAUUUCUUUUCGCUGGUAGAGGAGCCGUCGUUACGAAGACGUCCUUAAGUGCCUCUCAGCAGCACCGGUGCUCUUCACAGGGCGGGUGGCUCUCCAGCCGUAGCUCCAACAGCUGCGGGGCGCUCGUGCCCUCUCGCGGUCAGUGCCGCCGUACCCGGUGCUGGACGGGGUGCUCCGCUGCACUGCGGUGGCCGAGGCUGGGGGUAGUGCCUGGGUUACGUGCCUGAAGUAGGCUAGAGCCGCCUGUGGGAGGUGGAAAUAAAGCCAGGCGAAGAACCGGGACUGCCAUCAAUAUCCGAAGCUGUGGAUUACAUGCAGGCAAUGUUACUUCUUCCCAGCUCCAAAUCAGCCACGCUGGCAUUACUUCUGGAAGUCUGCCAAGCUGGUAGAAGGCAUUGGAUGUGAAGCAAAGAAACUGCAGUGUGUUGGACUGCUAGAUAAUAUCCACUAUGACUAAAUGGAAGUGAUUUCAUGUAAGACUUUACAAGAAACUGGAGAGACUUCUGAGUGGCGCCGCUUCGUCUUCUUCGACAGAGAGAUGGUGAAGGAGCCGCCGGGGCCGGAGGGGGCUGGUGGGAAGCCCUUCGCGUUGCCUCCGGGCAUCACGGUCUGUGACUCGGGCCGAGGAAGCCUUGUGUUCGGAGAUAUGGAAGGUCGGAUCUGGUUUUUGCCUCGCUCACUUCAACUCAGUGGUUUCCAAGCUUACAAGUUAAGGGUAACACAUUUGUACCAGCUGAAGCAGCACAGUAUCUUGGUUUCUGUUGGUGAGGAUGAAGAGGGCAUUAACCCGUUGGUUAAAGUAUGGAAUCUGGAAAAACGAGAUGGUGGCAAUCCUCUUUGCACACGAAUUUUCCCAGCGAUACCGGGUAACAAGCCCACAGUUGUGUCCUGUCUAACUGUCCAUGAGAAUCUGAAUUUCAUGGCUAUUGGCUUUGCAGAUGGGAGUGUUGUGCUUACAAAAGGAGACAUCACUCGAGACCGGCAUAGUAAGACCCAGAUCCUCCAUGAAGGCAGUUACCCGGUUACUGGUCUUGCUUUUCGACAGUCUGGCAAAACAACACAUCUGUUUGUGGUGACCACAGAGAACAUCCAGUCUUACCUGCUUUCUGUGAAAGACUAUUCUCAUCUGGAGCUGGACACUCAUGGCUGUGGAUUGCACUGUUCUUCUCUGAGCGACCCCUCCCAGGACCUCCAGUUCAUCGUAGCAGGAAAUGAAUGUGUGUACCUUUAUCAACCAGAUGAACGAGGCCCCUGCUUUGCUUUCGAGGGACAAAAGCUGAUUGUUCACUGGUAUCGGGGGUACCUCAUCAUUGUCUCCAAGGACCGAAAGACUUCUCCAAAGUCAGAGUUUGCUGGGAAUGAAGCACAGAAUUCAGACAAGCAAGUUCUAAAUAUCUAUGAUUUGUGCAACAAAUUCAUUGCAUACAGCUCCGUCUUUGAUGAUGUAGUAGAUGUCUUAGCAGAGUGGGGUUCUUUGUAUGUUCUGACCAGAGAUGGGAAGAUCCAUGUACUGCAGGAGAAGGAUGCCCAAACCAAACUUGAGAUGCUCUUCAGAAAGAACUUAUUUGAAAUGGCCAUUAAUCUAGCCAAGAGUCACCACUUGGACAGUGAUGGCUUGUCAGAAAUUUUCCGGCAGUAUGGUGAUCAUCUCUAUAACAAGGGGAACCAUGAUGGAGCCAUCCAGCAGUAUAUCCGGACUAUAGGGAAAUUGGAACCAUCUUAUGUUAUUCGGAAAUUCCUAGAUGCUCAGCGCAUCCACAAUCUCACUGCUUAUCUGCAGACACUCCACCUGCAAUCUCUCGCCAAUGCUGACCACACUACACUUCUGCUGAACUGCUAUACUAAACUCAAAGACAGCACCAAAUUGGAGGAGUUCAUUAAGGCUAGUGAGAGUGAGGUUCGCUUCGAUGUAGAAACAGCAAUCAAGGUACUUCGUCAAGCAGGUUACUAUUCCCAUGCAGUGUACUUGGCAGAAAAGCAUGACCAUCAUGAAUGGUACCUCAAAAUCCAGCUAGAAGACAUUAAGAACUAUCAAGAGGCUUUGCACUACAUUGGAAAACUGCCUUUUGAUCAAGCAGAGAGUAACAUGAAGCGGUAUGGUAAAAUCCUGAUGCACCAUGUCCCUAAAGAGACAACAGAACUAUUAAAGAACCUUUGCACUGAUUACCAGCCAACAGGAGACAGUGAAGGCCCUGGGAUUCUGGAAGGGAAAAAGGCAAAUUCUGAGGAGUUCAUUCCAGUCUUUGCAAACAACUCCCGAGAACUGAAGGCUUUUCUGGAGCACAUGACUGAGGUGCAGUCUGACUCUCCACAAGGUGUCUAUGACACUUUAUUGGAACUUCGCCUCCAGAAUUGGGCACAUGAACUAGAUGAGCAGAUCAAGGAGAAGCUGCACGAUGAAGCACUCACUCUCCUGAAGAGUGGAAGGUUCAAAACAGUCUUUGAUAAGGCCUUGGUCUUAUGUCAGAUGCACAAUUUCAAGGAUGGUGUCCUCUACCUCUAUGAACAGGGCAAACUUUUCCAACAGAUCAUGCACUACCACAUGCAGAACGAGCAGUACAAGAAAGUGAUCGAGGUGUGUGAGUUGUACGGGGACCAAGAGGCUUGUCUUUGGGAACAGGCUCUUGGCUACUUUGCACGGAAGGAGGAAGACUGCAAGGAGUAUAUUGCUGCAGUGCUGAAACACAUAGAGAACAAGAAUCUUAUGCCUCCACUUCUUGUUGUGCAGACACUGGCUCACAACUCCACAGCCACACUGUCUGUGAUUAAGGAUUAUCUUGUCAACAAGCUGCAGAAGCAGAGCUGCCAGAUAGAGCAAGAUGGGCAGAGAAUUCAAAAAUACCGAGAAGAAACUACAAGGAUUCGUCAGGAGAUUGAAGAGCUAAAAGCAAGUCCCAAGAUCUUUCAGAAGACCAAGUGUAGCAUUUGCACGAGUGCCCUGGAGCUGCCCUCCGUCCAUUUCCUAUGUGGUCAUUCCUUCCACCAGCAUUGCUUUGAAAGCUACUCCGAGAGCGAUUCAGAAUGUCCUACUUGUAUGCCUGAAAAUCGCAAAGUGAUGGACAUGAUCCGAGCCCAGGAGCAAAAGAGAGAUCUGCAUGAUCAGUUUCAGCAUCAGCUGAAGUGUUCCAAUGAUGGCUUUUCCGUCGUCGCUGACUACUUUGGUCGAGGCGUUUUUAAUAAGCUCACCCUCAUCACAGAUUUGCCUUUGGGAAAGUCAGCUACGACCAUUGAGGCUGGCCUCCAGAGGGAGCUGCUGAUGCACACUAAGCGCAGUACCUGAGCUGGGGGCGUUGCACCGCGCGCCUUCUCGUGUUGUACGGGUUUACGGCGCGGGCGCGCGCUUCGCCCCACACCUCCUUUCGCCCUCCAAUAAUAAAUACAACUGAGUCGGCUUUA